AUGGGCAAUGGUAACAGUAGUGCGAUUACAAUUAAUCUUGAUCGAAAUAAUUCGCUUUAUUUUUCUGAUGAAACUGUAUCUGGAACAAUUGAUUUAAAUAUCAGACAAGGAAAACUAAAAGCAGAUGAAAUAUACAUAAUCCUGAUGGGUGAAAUUGGUAAUACAACAAUGCCAGUUUUUUCACAUAGUAACUCUGGAUUCUUAGCACGAUCAUCAGUAAAACCUAAAUAUCAUCAUAUUCCAUUUUAUUCUGCUAAAGUUAUUAUUGUUCCACCUGUUAGACAAAAAAAAUUAAUUUUUGGUCAAGGACAAUAUUCAUGGCCAUUUGAUAUUCCAUUAACUGAUUAUCUUCCACCAACUUUCGAUGAACCACAAUCAUUUCCUCAUGUUCGAUAUUAUUUACAAGUUGUUAUAGAUAAACCAUGA